GACAAAGAUUGAAGAAUUUCAUAAACUUCAAAGACACUCAACGCCAAGAUUCGUCGCAAUCAUGGCGCCCAUUUCGCUUUCAGAUAUCAUAUCCUCUCUCCCAUCAGAAGAUUCCUGGGGUCCACCAACGUCGACAGAAACCACAUUAAAUGGAGUUCCGUACGCCCCAUACUCCAAAGGCGAUAAAUUAGGUCGCAUGGCCGACUGGACCACUGAAGGAAAGGAUGGACGAGAUGGCAGAGGUGGCAGACAACAAUAUAACAGAAAUUUUAGAGAUCAACAAGUCUAUGGCGCUGGCACAUCUUCUCUAUUUGCGGUCCAGCUUGCGGAAGACGAAUCUUCCUUCUCGGUGGUCAGCAAUACUCGCGACUCGACGAAGACGCGCUUUGGACGAGGAGGAACUUUCACUCGAGGUCGGGGCCAGCGAGGUGGGCGCGCAGAUACCAGAGGUGGACGAGGUCAAUUCCAAAGAGUCGGAGGACGAGGUGGUCAGCAAGGGUACAACAAUUAUGACAACAGAGGAGGCCGUGGUGGUGCGCGGGGCGGAAGACGAUUCGGCUGGAAGGAUUACGACAAGCCGCAACGAAACCGCGAUGCGUCUGUUAACAUCAAGCCGGAUUGGAAGAUGCUGGAGGAAAUUGAUUUUGUCCGUCUGGCUAAGCUGAAUCUCGAUACGGAUUCUGGAGAGGAUAUUGAUGGGUACGGUUUCCUUUACUACUACGAUCGUUCGUUCGAUAAGCAGCCUGUCAAGAGUGCCGAGCGCAAGUUGAAUGUUGUGGAUCGUGCCGCCUAUAAUGUCACCACUACCUCGGAUCCUGUUAUUCAAGAGCUUGCAGAGAAGAAUGAGGCGACGAUCUUUGCCACGGACAGCAUUCUCUCCAUGCUCAUGUGCUCUCCGAGAUCAGUUUAUCCUUGGGAUAUUGUCAUUGUCCGACAAGGCAACAAGUUGUUCUUCGAUAAGAGAGACAACGCUACCUUGGACAUGGUCACCGUCAACGAGAACGCUGCUGAUGCACCAAUGGACGCUUCAGAGGGUAGCAAAGAUGCUAUCAACCAGCCGAGUGCCUUAGCCGAGGAAGCUACGUACAUCAACCAUAACUUCGCAAACCAAGUCAUGAUCGAGAGCGAGCAGAAGGUUGAGAUGGCCCACGAGAAUCCCUUCUACAACCCAGCAGAAGAGACCGAGCCACCGGCAUCCAAGGCAUACAAAUAUCGAAGAUUCGACCUCUCUCUUAACGAUGAAGAACCAGUACACUUGAUUGUACGAACUGAGAUCGAUGCCGUCCAAAAAAAUGCCAUCAGUGGAGAAGAUCAAUUCUUGACCGUCAAGGCUCUAAAUGAGUUUGAUCACAAAGCUCAGGGAAGCGGCGGUGCUCUCGACUGGAGAACCAAGUUGGUCAGUCAACGUGGUGCAGUUGUAGCCACCGAGAUGAAGAACAACUCCUGCAAACUUGCACGAUGGACCGUUCAAAGUGUCAUGGCCGGCGCUGAUGUCAUGAAGCUUGGAUUCGUCUCUCGUGCAAACCCCAAGACGAACGACAAGCACGUUAUCCUCGGCGUCGUAGGCUGGAAGCCCCGCGACUUCGCCCAGCAAAUGAACCUAAGCUUGUCCAACGGCUGGGGAAUUGUUCGCACGAUCGCUGACAUGUGUCUCAAGCGUGACGAGGGCAAGUUCGUCCUGGUCAAGGAUCCUAACAAGCAGAUCUUGAGACUGUACGAAGUUCCCGCUGGCAGUUUCGAGGAUGAUGGAGAGGGUGAGAUCAUCGAGGAAGUCGAGGAGGCUGAAGACUAGAGAGGUUUUGCUGUUAUUGUAAAAAGCAAUGCAUGGAUUCGCGAGGUAUUGCUCGUAUCUAUCUGGGGUUUGGCGCUAUAGUGCAUAGCUAGAUGGCUAAUGAAUCCCUUGAUCCUGC